GUAGAUGAAAGAUUGCUUUCGCAAUACUGGAUUUUUAUUUUAUUUUUUUAAUUAUUGGAUAUUUUAGCUAUGACCAUCUGUAAUUGUCCUCAAAAUGCUCAUUUUGGUUCCUGUGUCUGCUGGGUAGAGUGGUUGCCUCUUGCUUCAGUUUCCUAUGGCUAUAUCCUGUUUUGCAUGAUUAGUCACUGCCUUUUGUGGCCUUGGGAUUAAGUCAUUUGUUCGUAGUUAUAUGGGAAGUUUAUGACAGGUUAGGGUUUUGGAGGCUGCAGUAGGCUGCUUAAAUUAUCAAUGCUUUGUUUUCUUGACUAAGGAUGAAAUUUUUAGGGCUUCUGCUUUAGAAAGUAAGUGGGACGUAACUCCGUUUCUCCUUGAGGUGAACAUUAAUGUUGUCAUUGCUCUUACAUAAGUAGUAUUGCUUCAGCUUUUAUUUAGUCUUGGUGUUAAGCUGUAAAGUCGGAGUUGAUGGUGAAAAGAUCAGCAAAUCUUACUCCUUGCAAUCGAUAAGGUAGUUGGGCAUCUCUUUGAAUCUGUUCCUGUGUUGUUUGAUGGAACUGGCUAAAGUAGAGGUUCCAGAUGUGACGUCCAAAUGGUGGAAAUCAAUGCAGUAUUGCUGCAUGUUGAAGACAUCAGCAAUAUGAAAUCAUAGGCUUAAUUAUGGGAGAGGAUAAAAUUGUUUUUAGAUGUUCCUAAAUGAAUACAAUGAAUAUUUAGUGUAGGAUAUUUGAACAGAGGCCUUGGAACUUGAGUUAGCGUGAAAUUUAAAGUUACAUGUAAGCCACAAAAAUAAAUUUCCAUAACAAUUUUAGGGGGAAUAGGGAACGAAGGGAGAAUUGUCUGGAGUGACACAAACUAGUUCACAGGUGACAGUUCCAAAUGAGUGAGCCUGAAAUUGGUGCCUAAGCUAGUGGUACUUUGUGCUGUGAAUGAGAACCCUUAAAAAAGUUUUAAAAAGUUUAAAAACCAAAAAGCUAGCCUCUUGAUUUUUAAAUUGUACAUGAUCAAAGAGUUGAACUGUUACUGGUGCUAUCCUAAGUAAUAUUGGAAUGAGUUUGAUAUUUGUUCUUUAAACAAACCUAUGGGUUAUUAUAAGAAGGGUCUUCAUGCUGAAAGCUUAAGUUCUGAUCUGAGUUUAAGAAAGUGUCAUUGUUUAGAAAUAAUUUGCUUGCAGUAAUGGGGUUACCUCAUUUAAACUUUUGCCAAGGUUAUAAUAACCCUUACAAAACACUCUACAAAAAUAGAGCUCUUCACAAUAUGCUAAGAAGGGACUCUCAAGGCAAUGGCCAGGUGUGCUGUGUACAGAAAACCUUGAAGAUCACCAUUUUUACAGAAUACUACAGUAGUGGAAAUUUUCGGUUUAGGAAUGCUACAUUUGGUGAUCUUUAUUUAAAAAGAAAAAAUACUGUGAAGGAUUCAUUUCAUUCUUUGCUGUGGUUUGUCAUGUGUCUGUGCAAAUACCUGAGCGCGGGGUGGUGUGCGGCAGCAGGAGUGAGCAAGCCAGCGCGCUGGUGUUGUGCGUCUUGGUGGCAGUCAGACUUCAGCCUCAGAAAUGGUAAUAUCCAAGUGUGUUGCAGCACUCUUGUUUCUAUCAAUGUGCUGUUUUUUUUUCCUGCAUGCAGUUUUGAUUAUUUUAGCAAAAUAAGAGACCAUUAUUUAGAGUAUUUUGAUGAUCCAUCACUUGCUGUAAUUGUUUUACUUGGUCCUGGUUGCUUUGCUGGCGUAUUAGCACAGUUUUGGGGGAAAACGCUCAAAAGAUUAAUUUUAAAUUGUUUGGUCCUCUGGAACAUGAUGCGUUUAUUUAGAGGGCUGGCUGAAGAACUGAAAUGAGUCAAUUUAAGGUUGAAGAUAUGACACUUGGUGAUCUGAUAUGAGCUGUACUUGGUGGGGAAGAAGUUUCUUCAAUUUGUAAUGAAAUUGGCCGUAACUUAUCACAUCGUGUAAGGUAUGCCUUUUGACUCUUCUGUUUGUGGCAUCUCUGAGCAUUUGAAAGAAAUCUUGAGGAUACUGUGCAGAAAUACAACAUGUGGUCUUUGACUGUGUUCUGUGCUAUUGCAGCUAGGGAAACCUACUGAGAAAAUAACAGUUUUUGUUUUCAUAAUACUCUAAUGAAUGCAACUACUAUUUAUACUGAUUUAAAAGUUAAUGAUGUCUGAAAGUGCCCAUAUGUUAAAGGAAACAGUUAGAGAAUACAUCAGUCAUUAUAGUAGAAAACUAACAGUCAGUACAUUUUACAUAGUCUAGAUUGGAUCCAAGUGUGUAAGUAACUGAUAAAGUCGCGAUGUACUUCUCAGAGGUAGAAAGUAGGAGAUGCUCCUAUGGCUCUUACAACAGUGAAUCUAUAGGGGCAAAAUUAUUAUUUGGGAUAUUAGUAAACUUUAUUUGAAAGGAUUCAGACUUUAGAAAUGGCACUGGAUGUGUGCUGUAUAUUCUGGAAAGGGAAUAAAUCUUGGGAGUGCACAAACCUUACCCUUGUUUGUGACUGGUACCCUGUUAUCUCUUGUUAUGGCAAAAUAGUUAGUUUAAAAACCCAAUUCUGUUCUUGGGUAAAAACUGGAUUGAAAGAAUUCUUCCAAAAUUUGAUGACUGAGAUGCAGGAUGUUAUCAUUGCUGUCCUUUUUGUAGCAGUUGCAUUGGAGAAAUGCCAAGUCUUCUGCAAUAUUAUUUUCUUUAUUAAAACUCAGUAGGAUUUUUCGUUAUGUACCUAAUAUUCUCCGUCGGUUAUAUAUAAAACUUUCAGAAUAUAUGUUUAGAAAUGGUGGUCUGAUGAUGGUUGUCAGUUUUUCCUCCACGAGAAAUAUGAAAAGGAUGUGUUAUUUCUAGUUAUUUCAGCAGUUGUGGUGGCUUCUCAUUUUGUAAGUGGGCACCAAGUAACUUGCGUGUUUAGUGCAUCUCUAAGUAACUUGCGUGUUUAGCGCAUCUCGUCAGGAGAGGAGGAAGACUUCUGUAUCUCCUGGAACACUGAUCUGUUUUUCUCUCCUUUUCAGGUUGUCACGGAAUAAAAUGGAUGGUAGCUUUGAUUGUGAUUGUGGUGAGCUGGAGCCACCUGAUCAUUAACAGAAGGCAUCUUUUGUAAAUCAAGAGCUGCCAGUUUCCUGUUUAACUAGACUGUAAACAAAGGAGAGAAAAGGAAGAAAAAGUAGUGCUUUACCAGCACCAUAGAAUGACGCUGCUCAGGACCAGUCCAACACUGAAUGUAUCUGCACUGUGAGGAGGAGGAUGUUAAUAGAAGCCUAUUAUGUGCAUAUUUAUUCACAUUUUUGUUAAAUGUUAACCAGUUUAGCACAGUAGAGCUGAGUGCAUAGUAUGUCAUUUCAUUCCGUUUGAGUUUCUUGUGAGUAUUUUCUUUGAUGUCUGCAGAAAUGCUGCACCUUUCUUGAACUAUGAAUGCUGCAAUCUUUCUAUCUUCUGCUCAGUUUGAGUUAUAGAGCUCGCAGGCUCUAAAUUCAAGGGGACACAACAGGCCUGGCUGGCUCAUAAUGAAAUGAGAGUGUCAAGAAACCAUCUUGCAGUCAAAGCCAAGUGUUUCUUCUCCCUUUCUGUAAGACCUUUCCUUCAGAUACCGGUGGAAGUGUCUCUGCGUGUUUACAGAAGCUUACUAGUUUGAGGAAAAAGAAAGGUAAAGAAUUUUAAAAUGGCAGAAAAAUUUGAAAGUCUCAUGAACAUUCAUGGUUUUGAUCUGGGCUCUCGGUAUAUGGACUUGAAACCACUGGGCUGUGGUGGAAACGGCUUAGUUUUUUCUGCUGUCGAUAAUGACUGUGACAAAAGAGUGGCUGUCAAGAAAAUUGUCCUUACCGAUCCUCAGAGUGUUAAACAUGCUCUACGUGAGAUCAAAAUUAUUAGAAGACUUGACCACGAUAACAUUGUCAAAGUAUUUGAAAUUCUUGGUCCUAGUGGAAGCCAGUUAACAGAUGAUGUGGGCUCCCUUACAGAACUGAACUGUGUUUACAUUGUCCAGGAGUAUAUGGAGACAGAUCUGGCUAACCUGCUAGAGCAAGGCCCUUUACUGGAAGAUCAUGCCAGGCUUUUCAUGUACCAGCUGCUACGUGGGCUCAAGUAUAUUCACUCUGCAAACGUUCUGCAUAGAGAUCUCAAACCAGCUAAUCUUUUCAUAAAUACCGAAGACUUGGUGCUGAAGAUUGGUGAUUUCGGUCUUGCACGAAUCAUGGAUCCUCAUUAUUCCCACAAGGGCCAUCUUUCUGAAGGAUUGGUUACUAAAUGGUACAGAUCACCCCGUCUCUUGCUUUCUCCUAACAACUACACUAAAGCCAUUGACAUGUGGGCUGCAGGUUGCAUCUUUGCUGAAAUGCUGACUGGGAAAACCCUCUUUGCAGGUGCACAUGAACUUGAACAGAUGCAGCUGAUUUUAGAAUCAAUUCCUGUUGUACAUGAGGAGGACCGUCAGGAGCUUCUCAAUGUAAUUCCAGUUUACAUUAGAAAUGAUAUGACUGAGCCACACAAACCUUUAACUCAGUUGCUUCCAGGCAUCAGUCCUGAAGCACUGGACUUUCUGGAGCAAAUUUUGACAUUUAGUCCCAUGGAUCGAUUGACAGCAGAAGAAGCUUUGUCCCAUCCUUACAUGAGCAUUUAUUCCUUUCCGACGGAUGAGCCUAUUUCAAAUCAUCCUUUUCACAUUGAAGAUGAGGUUGAUGAUAUUCUGCUGAUGGAUGAAAGUCACAGCCAUAUUUAUAAUUGGGAAAGAUACCACGAAAGUCAGUUUUCAGACCAUGACUGGCCUAUUCAUAACAACUAUGAAGCUGAUGAAGUUCAGCGUGAUCCAAGGGCUCUUUCUGAUGUUACUGAUGAGGAAGAAGUGCAAGUAGAUCCUCGCAAAUAUUUGGAUGGAGAUCGUGAAAAGUAUCUGGAGGAUCCUGCUUUUGAUACCCACUUCUCUACUGAGCCUUGCUGGCAGUAUUCAGAUCAUCAUGAAAACAAGUAUUGUGAUCUGGAAUGUAGUCACACUUGUAAUUACAAAAUGAGGUCAUCUUCAUACCUAGAUAAUUUAGUUUGGCGAGACAGUGAAGUUAACCAUUACUAUGAGCCCAAGCUUAUUAUAGAUCUUUCGAACUGGAAGGAACAGAGCAAAGAAAAGUCUGACAAGAAAGGCAAGUCUAAAUGUGAAAAGAAUGGAUUGGUGAAAGCUCAGAUAGCACUUGAGGAAGCAUCACAGCAGCUUGUUGAAAAAGAAAGGGAGAAGAAUCAAGGAUUUGACUUUGAUUCGUUUAUAGCAGAAACCAUUCAGCUUAGUUUACAACAUGAGUCUACUGAUAUUGAUAAAUUAAAUGACUUGAAUAGCUCAGUGUCUCAACUAGAGUUGAAAGGAUUAAUAUCAAAGUCGGUGAGCAGAGAGAAGCAGGAGAAAGGAAUGGCUAAUUUGGCACAGUUAGAAGCUCUGUACCAAACUUCUUGGGAUAGUCAGUUUGUAAGUGGCGGGGAAGAGUGCUUCCUCAUAGACCAGUUUUGUUGUGAAGUAAGGAAAGAUGAACAAGUUGAAAAAGAAAAUACUUACACCAGUUAUUUGGACAAAUUUUUUAGUAAGAAAGAAGAUGCUGAAAUGCUAGAACCUGAGCCAGUAGAAGAGGGGAAGCCUGGGGAGAAGGAAAGAGAAGAGAGCUUUCUCAGUAACAGUGGAGAGCUGCUCUUCAACAAGCAGCUGGAGGCUAUAGGUAUUCCUCAGUUUCACAGCCCUGUUGGUUCGCCCCUGAAGUCAAUACAGGCCACGUUAACGCCUUCUGCUAUGAAAUCAUCUCCCCAAAUUCCCCACAAAACAUACAGCAGCAUUCUGAAACAUCUAAAUUAAAACACUCAGCAGACAUUUCUUUUAUAUUCAUGAGGUGUGUUUGUCUUUUUUUAUUACUAGUGUAAGUAAUUUUUUUACUUGAAUCAGAUGGUGUAAUUUUGGUAUGGAUUUCAUUAGCUUUCUGUUUACCAUUGUUUUUACAAUCCAGAAUUACUUUCUAUACAUAAGUUAGUUUUGUUUUUAAACUGGCAUGUCGUUUGCACACAAAAUUAAAGAAUAGAGCAAAAUAAUGCAAAAUGCAGGAGGUAACAAAAAAUGCACUAAACCAAGUUAAAAAAAAAAAAAAACCAUUCUCUCAGAAAAACAGUGUCCAUGUUUUGCAGAAAAAGAAUCUUGCCUUGAAAUUUACACAGUGAGACUGUACAUAAUUGCAUGAAAAUAUCUAUUUUUCCCAAAACAUUUUUUCAUUCAUGUGUAUUUUAGAGUUUUUCAUACUGUACACAUUUCUUAGACACAUGAUACCAGCAGCAACUGAAAUGAAUGCAGAAUUUGGUACGCAUGUGUUAUCUACCUCAAGGUAACAGCAGUAUGUGGCAAAACAUUAACCACCCAUAGUGCUUCUCAUUAUGCACUUCUAUUUAGCCAGCAUUAUUGUAGUAGCUAUUCUUAUUGAAAAAUCAUUCAAUAUUUAUAAAUGUUCUGGUAUGCAUUCUUUAUAGUGAAGUGUUAAUAUGCAGCACUUUUAUUUAUUUUAGCAAAUAAGUAUAUUUCUGUAAUUAUAGAAAGUCAACUUAAUUUUUGAGUUACUUUUCAGAUAAAAAGUUUGUUUAGCACUAUGGUUUAUUGCCUACAUAGCUGAAAUAUAUAUUAACAUCGGCUUAUUCUGAGGCUAUCCAAUGCAUCUUUUUUGUUUUGUUUUUCAUUUCAAGUAAAGCACUCACUGUGUAUAGGAAUUUGUAAUUGGAGGUGCUUGAUCUCUACAAAAGAAAUUAGGAAUUGCUUUAUUAUAAAAUGCUCCUAGAAGUCUUAAUUGUGUUCAUUUUUAAAAAUUUUUGUAAUGUUAGUUGUGUGCAUGGAAAUAAUUAAGGUACAACAUUACUGUAGGUUCAAGUUCUAUAUGGUGAGACAUUUUGUUUUUACUGUAUGUUUUUACUGAAUGAUUCCUGUCCCACUCCCUACCUCCCUCAAAAGCAAGCAUGAAUAAAAUUAGGUUAAAUAUAGCAUGUAGCAUCUCAGUCUUUUGAAAAUUUGUUCUACCUUCUGAUUUUUUGAAAUACUGGAUGUAUCAUUGGCUCCCCUGUUUAAAACAAAAGACAAAUAAAAACAUGGCCAGCAAACGUGA